GAUUGAUGGAUAUUUAUGAGGCGGAAGCGUACCAGCCUACGCAAUUUCAGCAGACAUUAUUUUUGUUUUAAACUGUAUAAAUACAAGCUUUUUCUACACAUCGUUACGUUGGGUAUCCAGUCACACAGAAGACUUUGCCAGCUAAAAAGGUUCCAAGACUCACUUCACAACAAAAUGUCUGGGCUGUUCAUCCUCUGUUUGUGCGCAUGCGUGGUUAUGUCGUCCGCGAUCAUCAACCCAUACAGCUACGGUUAUGGGGGAUACACAGGUGGAAUGAUGAAAGGUGGAAUGUACGGAGGUGGAAUGAUGGGAGGAAUCAUCCCAGGACGCAUGCGUUACAGACGAUCUAUCGGAAUGCCAAUCUACGGGUAUCCAACAUAUGGAACCUAUGGUGGAUACAAAGGAUCAUAUUAUUACUAAACAGCUUUUGACGCUGACAUCUUGUGGCGGAAGUCUGCAAAUAUGUGAGGAUACCCGACCAUGUCCAACAAGACUUGGAAUUCGGACUAAAUUAUUUAAUAAACUCGUAAAACGAA